GGCGUAGCUGCCAGUUCGGAUGCCCAGUGCUCAACCAUGGCUUCUGAGAAGCCGUUCAGGAUGGUCACCUGCACCGCGCCCGUCAACAUCGCCGUCAUCAAGUACUGGGGAAAGCGCGACAAGGAGCUGAUCCUGCCCCUCAACUCGUCCCUGAGCGUCACGCUGCACCAGGACCAGCUAAGAACCACCACCACUGCCGCCAUCAGCAAGGACUUCACGGAGGACCGGCUCUGGCUGAAUGGCAUGGAGGUGGACGUGGGGCAGCCACGCCUGCAGUCCUGUCUGAGGGAGAUCCAUCGCCUGGCCCAGAAGCACAGGAGCUCAGAUGAUGAUGGGGACGGGCCGCCUCGCCUCAGCUACAAGGUGCACGUGGCCUCAGAGAACAACUUCCCCACGGCCGCCGGUCUGGCAUCCUCCGCUGCGGGCUACGCCUGCCUGGCCUACACACUGGCCCGAGUCUAUGGCGUGGAGGCCGAGCUCUCAGAGGUGGCCCGUCGCGGCUCAGGCAGCGCCUGUCGGAGCCUGUACGGUGGCUUUGUGGAGUGGCACAUGGGGGAGAGGCCGGAUGGCAGAGACAGCGUAGCCCAGCAGGUGGCCCCCGAGUCACACUGGCCAGAGCUCAGGGUCCUUGUCCUCGUGGUGAGCUCCGAGCAGAAGCCAAUGGGCAGCACGGUGGGCAUGCAGAGCAGCGUGGAGACCAGCGCCCUGCUCCAGUUCCGGGCUACAUCGGUGGUGCCGGCCCGCAUGGCAGAGAUGAUUCGGUGUGUCCGUGAGCGUGACUUCGCCGGGUUUGGGGAGCUGACCAUGAAAGACAGCAACCAGUUCCACGCCACCUGCCUGGACACCUUUCCGCCCAUCUCCUACCUCAACGACACCUCCUGGGCCAUCAUGCACCUGGUCCACCGCUUCAAUGCCCACCACGGACAGACCAAGGCGGCGUACACAUUUGACGCGGGCCCCAAUGCAGUGGUCUUCACUCUGGAGGACUCCCUGGAGGACUUGGUGGCAGCCCUGAGGCACUGCUUUCCCCCGGAGUCCAAUGGGGACAAGUUCCUGAAGGGGCUGCCAGUGAGGCCAGUCACACUUUCGGAUGAGCUGAAGGCCGCCCUGGCCCUGGACCCGACCCCUGGCCGCAUCCGAUAUGUUAUCGCUACAAAGGCAGGGCCGGGGCCUCAAGUCCUGGACGAUCCCGACUGUCAUCUCCUGGGCCCUGAUGGUCUGCUGAAGCCAGCCGCCGGAAGCCCCUCCCUGGGCUGCCCUCUGCCGUCUUGAGCCAGGGGCCCUCGCAGUGACCGAGCAGGGCAGUGGGCAUUGCAUUGGUCACUGCACACCGGGCAUCAUGCUGGGCGACAGACAAGCAGCCCCCUGAGGGAUGGGGUGGGGUGGGUGCAAAGACCUGGUGGGGGCUGAGGAGGGCUUGCUGUCCCCAUGCUAGGGCUGCCCCUGCAGCACUGGCACAGCCAACUAUCACCCUGGUGGUGGGACACAGGGGUCUCAGGAAACCUCCUGGGAGCCCUGCCGAGACUUGGGACCCAGCUUGGUUCUGGUGCAGGCACAGUCCCCAGACCCAGAGGGGCCCCCAUGUAGGGGCUUGGGUCCCUGUCCCCCUGCACCAAAGUGGGGGAAGAUGCUCUAUGGGGCCACUACCUUGUGCCUGUCAGUGAGAAUAAACCCAAGGUAGCGA